AUGAAGCUUGUAAGCAAAAAAGAGCAAGUUUAUGCGUCAGUGGACAUGGAGUCGCCCCAAACAACAUCCACUGGUCUUUCAAGCGUGUCAUUGUCCCCUUCUGCUGCCUCCACCAUCUCCUUCAGCGCAGAGCGUAGUACCAAUUUUAGCAGUGACGACAUUAUGCGGCCCUCCUAUAAUGAUGUGGCUAACGAUAUUUUAGCGGCACUAGAUGGACCAGUACGACAACUGGCAUUUGAGACAAAAGGUGCAUUAUUAGCAACGGGCGUAGCAGCAUCGUGCUAUUUACUAUCAUGGUUCCAAACGGUGCUGAUUCCAUUUUUUCUUGCUAUUUUUCUCAUGUACCUUUUGGAUCCGUUGGUGGAAAUGAUUGAUGUUUCACCGAGGUAUUUCCUCUGCAUUUGUACAUCACGUGGACGUCAUGCUCGACGAAUGUCACAAAGCUGUUCACGUGCAUUGGCUUCGCUAAUGGCUGUCAGCUUGGUGUGUGUAUUCUUUGGACUGCUGGGCUACAUUACUGUGGUUUCGUUCCAUGCACUGGAUGGUGGUUCUUAUCAGACGGGAUACAAUAAUCUUGUUUCGGGAAUCGAGAACAUUUUUGAACAAAUAGGACUAUCGCUGAACAUUACAACGACGCUGCACGACAAUGUUGACAAAGUAGCGCGAGUUUUAGUCACGGAAACGAUGGAUUUGCUCUCCGUCAUGUUUGUGACGCUUAUCUACCUCACAUACUUUCUUUGCACACGAACACGUGCUAGUGAUGCUGGAGGCGUUUGGUCCAAGAUUGACCACGACAUUCAACGAUUCGUGACAUUAAAGUGUUUUCUUUCACUUUUCGUGUCUUUGCUGGUUACGAUUGUCUACGUUUGGCUGAAUGUAGGGCUGGCCAUUGUGUGGGGUAUUCUGACGUUCAUUUUAAACUGGAUCCCCAACGUUGGAGCCAUGAUUGCAUCUGUUGCACCAAUUUGUAUCAUUGCCAUCACGCCGUCCGACUUGAUGAAUCCGAUGGAAAAGUUUCUGGCCAUGUUUCUUCCGAUGUGCUUUCACAUGUUUGUGGGUAGCUUUGUGGAACCGAGGGUAUUUGGCCGAAGACUCGAGAUAGAUCCUGUUAUUGUAAUCAUGUCGCUUUCGGCGUGGGGACUUCUUUGGGGAGUCGUGGGCAUGAUGUUGUCAGUGCCACUUACUGCUGCAGCCAAAAUUAUGCUGAGCCAUCUAAAACUAUGGCCCGAGUUUGUGGCUUUGGUGGAAGGAACAUACUUUACGCGGUUUGGUAGAAAGACCACUCGAUAUAUGAAGGAGAAGGACGAUAACGAGACUUUUGAAACCAUGAAAGUGCGAACCGAGAGUGAGAAUGAUCGUGCAAGUGGUGGCCUCAUGCGGCGACAACAUUCGCAAUUGACCUUGGUCCCCGCGUGGGCAGCAUUCUUGGAAAAUGCAGAUGUCUUGUAG